AGCACAGCGCCUAAGAGGAUAUUUACAGCCAGUGACAAGACGGCAUCCGCCUGAGCCUGCAUAAAUAGUUGGACCCUUCUGUUUUGAACAGCUGACACCUACAUCUACUCCAGAUGACCUGUAGGACGUUUGAUCAGCUACCUGCAUCCAAUCCACAUGGCUCUUUCACAGAUACGGAGACAGUUCCACCGGAGGAGGAGUAUAUAGAGGAACACAGGGGUCUGUAUGAGGACGUGAUGAUGGAGAAUCACCGGCCCCUCACAUCACUGGAUGGGCCCAGUAACAGAGAUACCCCAGAGAGAUGUCCCCGUCCUCUGUAUUCCCAGGAUUGUACAGAGGAGAAUCACAGGAUCCCACAGGAGGAUCAGGUAGAACGUCUUUCUCGUAUAAAGGCAGAAGAUAUAGAGGAAGAAGAAGAAACGUAUGUGACUGAUAUUAAGGUAGAAGAUACAGAGGGAGAAGAAGAGACGUAUGUGACUGAUAUAAAGGCAGAAGAUACAGAGGGAGAAGAAGAGACGUAUGUGACUGAUAUAAAGGCAGAAGAUAUAGAGGGAGAAGAAGAGACGUAUGUGACUUAUAUGAAGACAGAAGAUAUAGAGGGAGAAGAAGAGACGUAUGUGACUGAUAUAAAGGCAGAAGAUAUAGAGGGAGAAGAAGAGACGUAUGUGACUGAUAUAAAGGCAGAAGAUAUAGAGGGAGAAGAAGAGACGUAUGUGACUGAUAUAAAGGCAGAAAGUAUAGAGGGAGAAGAAGAGACGUAUGUGAGGGGUGAUCAGCAGUGUAAGGAAGAGGAGAUCCCUACAGAUAUCAGCACAGGUGAGUAAUAAACACUUAUUACAG